AUGACUCGAUCUCAAUCAUUUAUAGAUGUACUAAGUACAAAUUUGGCUUAUCUAUUUCAUCGUUAUUUAUUUAUUAAAAAUAAACAAACAUGUUCACAUAAAUUAUCUUUAAAUAAAAAUUUAAAUUCAAUAAAUUUAGUGAAAAAAGUUCGUAUUAAUAUAAAUAAAUAUGGUCAUUUAUUAAAUUCAAAAUUUUCUCAACAAAUAAAUAAUAAUAAAUUAAUAAAUAAAGAUAUUCCAUUAGAGAAAAAGGCAGAAAAAAUUAAAAAAAUGAAUAAGAAACAUAAUCAAAGAAAAACGAAAAACAGAAAGAUCAAAUCGAAAAAAAUGAAGAUACAACAAGAAAAUAUGAUUCCUGUACAAUCCAGUGUACCAAGAAUAGACUAUCAUCAAUCAUCUAUGAUUAGUCGUAUGUUAUCUUCUACUUCAUCAGUAUUAUCUGAUAUACAAAUUUUUCAACAAAAUAAUCAUUCAAUUGAUUCUACUUUAUAUAUAUCAGAUCAAUGUCGAGAAAAAAUGCAAUUUCUAUAUAAUAUGAGUCCAAUAGUGAAUAAAAAUUAUAUUAAUACACAACAUUUAUUAAAUGAAUUAGAUUUAAGAAAAAGUCGUCAACAUAAAAAAAUGCAUGAAUAUUCUAAAAAUUUAAAACCUGAACAACUUUUUCGUUGUCCAAAAGAUUCAAGAUCAAAAAGACGAAAAUGUUGUGGAGUAUAUUAUGACUUAUUCAAUGACGCAUUACGUUUACUCGAAGAAUGGUUUACGAUAAAAUAA